AUGUUCAAAGCUUUGAUUAUGGUACACAAAGUUUUACAAGAAGAUCAUCCACUUACUGUAAGAGAAGGACAACCACAGUCAGGUUAUGGUGCUUUGAUUCAUGCGUAUGUUUCUACUAUCUUGGCUAAACACAGGUUUCAUAGACAACAUCCUGAAUUUGAUGGAUUACUCCAAUACAAGGAAUAUAUUUCAUUGAAUAAUAUUGAUGAUCCUAAUGAAGGAGCCAUGCAUUGUCGUGCUGAUGCGAUGGGUGCACUACAACCUUUACGAGAUAAUUACAAGUAUCUCACUGGUCUGAUCAACAUUUCUAAACUUCCUCAAGAGCCACCUCACUUGACAAAUAGUGGAGAUGCACCCGAAUUACUACGAAGACCAGCCAAGACUCCAGAACGGAAGAAUAAAUAUGAAGCAUUGGCUAAUCUUUAUUCACAAUUAAGGACUGAAUAUUUAGGUAUGUUGAGUAAAUUCAAGGCUAUGCAAUCGAAAGCUAAUAGUGCUCAAGAAGCUAUUGAUCAAAUGGAACGGAGAAAAGGAAUAUUGAAGCUAAAAAUUUAG